CCCCGUUGAAUACCUGCCAUUCUCAACAGGUGAAAAAAAAAAAAAAAGUUUGUGACGCCAGGCACGUUACGGUAGAGCCACCUGUGCUACACGUGUGAGCGGUGAGUUUCUUUCCCCCCUGGAGCAGCGAUAUGAAGAGGUCGAAUUGGAAAGUCCAGUUAAAGAGGCAUAAGAUGAUGCCUUGGAUUUAGCUGGCCCACAUGAGUGAUAUGAAUAACACACUGGACGAAAUACACACUUCUGGAAGCCUGGGAGGGAAAGCAGAGAUUUUUCAGAGUGGCAAGGGUAAUGUGAGUGGCUUUCCCAGUCCAGCCCUCAUCCCUUUGAGAGCUCCUUUACUAACACCAAAUGCCCAGAAGUCCAGGACUACGCUCUGCAAGGGGAACAGGAGCAAUAAAGAGGAAGAGGAGUCAUUCUCUACUCCUGUUCCAAACCCUUUUCCUGAGCUUAUCCCUUCAACCCUCUCCCCCUUUGUGUCUGAAUGUUUAUUACCAUGGACCAAAAGUAGUGCAACUCAGGUAAUCAAAGUUUAUAAUGAAGAUAACACCAGCAGAGCAGUAGAAGUUCCCAGUGACAUUACUGCCCGAGACGUAUGCCAGCUUUUUGUCUUGAAAAACCACUGCAUCGAUGACCACAGCUGGACUCUUUUUGAACACCUUUCCCAUCUGGGAAUAGAAAGAACCAUUGAAGACCAUGAGUCCGUUAUGGAGGUGCUAUCAGGCUGGGGGAUGGACACAGACAGCCGGCUGUAUUUUAGGAAGAAUUAUGCAAAAUAUGAAUUCUUCAGGAAACCUCUGGACUUUUUCCCGGAUCACAUGGUCUCCAUAUCCAGUGAAACUAAUGGGAUGGUGGAUCACUCUCAGCUUAUACAGACCUUUCUCAACUCCAGCACUUGUCCCGAGAUACACGGACACCUCCAUGCCAAAGAGCAAAGCAGGAAGUCUUGGAAGAAAUUUUAUUUUGUCCUCCGGAGGUCGGGGCUUUACUUUUCCAAUAAAGGAACUUCCAAGGAACCGAGGCAUCUCCAAUUCAUUGCCGACUUUACUGACAGUGAUGUCUACACCAUCUUGUCAGCCAAAAAACUACAUGGAGCACCUACAGAUUACGGCUUCUGUGUCAAGUCCACAAAGUGUAGUUCAGCCCGGGACUUGAAACUGCUUUGUGCGGAUGAUGAGCCGACCAGAACCUGCUGGAUCACAGCCAUGCGCUUGUUAAAGUAUGGGAUGCAGCUAUACCAAAACUUCAUUCAGCCACACCAGAAACAAAAAGCCUCACCAAUGAGAAGCAUCUCAGAGAACUCACUGGUUGCCAUGGACUUUUCUGGCCAAAAGAGCCGGGUGAUUGAGAACCCGUCUGAGGCGUUGUCUGUGGCUGUAGAGGAAGGCCUGUCAUGGAGGAGGAAAAGCUGCCACCGUCUGAGCGGUCAUGGAAGUCCCUCCACAUCACAGAGUUUAGUGUCAAACAUAGCUCUCCACUUGUCUCAGCCGUGGUUCCACAGCAAACUGUCUCGGGAUGAAGCUCAGCGUCUAAUCACUCAACAGGGUCUUAUUGAUGGAGUAUUUCUUCUGAGGGACAGCCAAAGCAACCCUAAGACAUUCGUACUGUCCCUGUGCCACAUGCAAAAAGUCAAACACUUUCAGAUCUUACCUGUGGAUGAUGAAGGGGAGUUAUUCUACAGUCUGGAUGAUGGUCACACACAAUUCACUGACUUGAUCCAGUUGGUGGAGUUUUACCAGCUAAACCGUGGGGUGCUUCCCUGCAAGCUUAAGCACCACUGUGCCCGGAUCACCCUGUGAACAAGGGAGCCAAGAGAUCCCUCAGGGCCCACGUGCACCUUAACUCCAGGGCCUUUCUGGAAAAACACUCCCAGUGUUCUUGUGCCUUGAAGAAGAAAGAUCUACAAAAUAAUUGAACAGCCAUGCUAACUGAAACCACUGUUAUCUUCAUCUAGACUCCACAUUCAUAAUGUGGUACAUGGUUUGUUCUUUUUUUUUUUUUUCUUUUUCAGAAAAAGCUGAAUUUGACAACAGACUGUAAUAACUGACCACGGGUGCUGAAGAUGGUGUGCGGUUUUGUGUGGUGAAAAUUAUUCUUCGGAUGUGUAAUGUGCCCAUAUGUGGUGGUGAAUCCUUUGUGCAAAGUUCAAACAUGACUUCUUGUCCUGUAUAUUGUAAAGCUGAAUGUGUACUGCAAACAGCUUGUGAUUGUAAUGACAUCAUGGCGCCAGUGAAAGAAAGUAGUUUUUCUCAGUAAGUGACAAAAAGUAGCUUGGAUUUGGUUUUCACUGAAAGCAUUUCAAUAGAAUGUCUACUGCAGUAUGUAUACAGUAAUUAUAUAUAUACCUGUCAGUUACGGUUUUUCAAAGAUAAUGAAGGUUGAAUCCCACCAAGGGCUGUCCCGUUGAAUUUGAGUAAAACUAAGCUAUCGUA